GACCCUCACUUCCUCGCCGGCCCACAUAUGAACCGGAACUCACGUAGCAAGCCUUCGUUUCCACGGGGGACCUGUUGGCGGACGGACAGGUAGGCCGGACUCCAGCCGCCAGCCCUCCGACUUGAUAUUCAGCACCACAGCUAGCCAGGAGUCACCAGGGAAAUGUUAGGUUCCUUGCUAAUUUAUACUGGGAGCAACUUGGCCAAAUGUUUUGCUUGUGGCCCUUGCCUUCCAGGCUGGGAGUGCUCUGGCCCCAGGGCUACUCGCUACAUCUUCAAAGUCCUGCAUAUUAGCAGGGCAACUUGUCAUGGGCAGAUUGCCCCUGUCUUCACCAGAGCACUGGCCUUUGGAGAAAAAAUUGCCAUUGUUGACCAAAAUGGAGAGCACACUUACAAAGAUCUGUACACUCGAAGCCUCCACCUAUCUCAGAAAAUCUGUAAAACUCUCAGGAACUCAGAGAGAGACUUGAAGGGUAAACGGAUUUCAUUUUUGUGCCCUAAUGAUGUCUCCUAUGUAACUGCACAGUGGGCUUCAUGGAUGAGUGGAGGUAUAGCUGUUCCUCUCUACAGAAAACAUCCUGUGUCAGAACUGGAGUAUUUCAUCAAGGACUCUCAAAGCGCUCUCCUUGUUGUAGAGGAAGAGUAUGUGGAGAAGAUCACCCCAAGUGCAGAGAAACUCGGUGUGCCUGUGCUCUCACUUCCCAAAUCUGGGAGGUGCAGUUUGGCAGCGGAUGGAUCCCUUCUGGAAGCUGGUUGCCCCAUUUCAGAGUGGAAGGACAGGGGUGCCAUGAUCAUCUACACAAGCGGCACAACUGGGAGACCCAAAGGAGUCCUCAGCACCCACCGGAAUGUCCAAGCGGUGAUAACCGGGCUGGUUAACAAAUGGGAAUGGACAAAGGAUGACAUCAUUCUCCACGUGCUGCCUUUGCACCAUGUCCACGGGGUGGUCAACAAGCUGCUGUGUCCCCUCUGGGUGGGUGCGACGUGCAUCAUGCUUCCUGAGUUCAGUGCGAAGGCGGUUUGGGAGGCGUUCCUGAACCCCCAAGCUCCUCAAGUCAGUGUCUUCAUGGCGGUACCCACCAUUUACGCCAAGCUGACUGAGUAUUAUGACAAGCACUACUGUCAGGCUCAUGUCCAAGAUUUCAUUCGUGCUGUUUGCCAGGAUAAUAUCAGGCUGAUGGUGUCGGGGUCUGCAGCCCUCCCAGUUCCCAUCCUGGAGAGGUGGAAGAGCAUCACUGGGCACACACUGUUGGAAAGAUAUGGGAUGACAGAGGUUGGGAUGGCGCUUUCCAAUCCCCUGCAUGGCCCUCGCAUUCCAGGGUCCGUGGGGACUCCCCUGCCUGGAGUAAAAGUGCGCAUAGCCACUGAGAGCCCCUCUCAAAGAGAAGCCUUUGCUUACAUCAUCCAUGCGGAAGGCGAUGAAAACGGCACAAAGGUGACUCCGGGUUUUGACGACAAAGAAGGGGAGCUCUUUGUAAAGGGACCUACAGUAUUUAUGGAAUAUUGGAACAGACCUAAGGAGACCAGAGAUGCCUUUACUCCUGACGGCUGGUUCAAAACAGGUGACACUGCUGUGUACAGGGAGGGCAUCUACUGGAUCAGGGGCCGGACCUCAGUGGACAUCAUCAAAAGCGGCGGCUACAAGAUCAGUGCCCUGGAAGUUGAGCGCCACCUGCUGGCCCACCCCAGCAUUGCUGAUGUGGCUGUGAUUGGUGCCCCAGACAUGAUGUGGGGCCAGAAGAUCAGCGCCGUGAUCAAAGUGCGCGAGGGCCAGACACUGUCUCUCACAGACCUGAAGGAAUGGGCAAGAGAGUUCAUGGCGCCUUACACAAUCCCUUCUGAACUGCUGCUGGUGGAGGAGAUCCCACGCAACCAAAUGGGCAAAGUGGACAAGAAGCAGGUUCUCACACAGUUCUACUCCAGCUCGUGAUGGCAGCCCCUGGUGGACGUUGUGCAGAACGGGGAGGCUUCGUGGCAACACCCUUGCAGGGGAGGGUGGAAAGGUUUUUUCCCCAAAAGUCCCUGAUGGCAUCCUUGUGUGUUGACAAGCCCUUGCCUCAUCAUGUGUAAGAUUGGGCACAAUCUGUGAUUUAUUUUCUUGUGAAUCAACGUCUUAUAAAAUCUGGCUUUCUCCUUA